AUGGGUAUGUAUGUACCCAUGGACUGUGGUCAAGUGGAGGAUAAAGAAGCGGAGCUUCAAGCUGCAAAGCAUCAAAUUGUGCGCGGAUGUUAUAUCUGCAAGAGCACGGGCCAUUCGAUGGCAAAAUGCUUUGCAAGAAAGGCAUAUUUGGCCUCGAAGGGCCGACGCCCCACGGGUAAACCUUCUGGUUUGCCGCGGGGAAGCGGCGGAACCCAGAAGGCGCGGGGCGCCCUACUGGGGAAGAACUGA